GCGGUUUCAGUGAGUUUGGCGAUAUGGGUAUGCCCCCGGGAGAGAGCGUGGGUCUGGCCUGAGGAGAGAGCGAGUCCCGUGGGGACAACAGUGUGGGUAUGCAGGACUUACUAGGACAGAUCGGCUUCGCGGACCCGAGUAGUUUCUCCCCUGCCAUGCGCGCAGAGGUGAUGUUGGGGGCAGAGGGGGAUGAGGACCGGACACCCCCGGGAGAGACAUCUGCAGAGAGGCUGGAUAGGCUUGAUAGUCGUCGAGCGUGCCUCAUGGCACAGAGGGACCCCAGGACGCAGGAGCUCGCCCGUCUUGUGGCCGAGGACCGACAGAGGCAGCUGGGGACAUUUACGCCGGCAUCUGUUGACGUGGGGCCAGCUGCCCAUACGGAUACUCCGGCAGAGGUUCGCGACACCACGCAGCAGGAGGCGGCUUCGGCAGAGGUUUCGUGUACCGGAGUAGAUGUUCAGCAGGGGACGCACGAGAGCGGGUUGGCACCGACAGAGGAGCCACGUUCGGAGCCGGUGCAGCCUCCUGCCGUGCAGUUGAGGCCAAAGGAGACAUUGCAGGAGGUCACGGGCGUGCCUCUGCCCGUGGGUUCAGUUGAGGGUGCCGUGCAUAUGUCCUCGGGUCUGGAGGACAUACAGACGGGGCAGUCAGUGGGCGUUGAUGAUAUUCGCCCAUCGACACAGGCAGAGGGGAUAGCGCCGACCAACGGGGGGGACGGGAUCGUAGCGGGGGCCGUUGGUGUUGGCGGGUCGGGGGUGCCGUCCGCGGCCGAUCCGAUGUCCGCGACCGGCGGGGGAGACCCCGCACAGGUGGACAGGCGUGACGCGGACGGACAGGAGAUGCUACAGACUUUGGUGGUUCGCACUGCUGUGGGGCCAGUGGUGCCACAUCAGGCACCGUUUUUCGAGGGUUAUAGGCGUCCUGCACAAAGCGGUGGCCCGGUCGAGGAGCGACGUGUAGGCAGGGGCGCGUGCAUACCCCCGGUCCCUACUUCUGCGCCGUCACGGACGAGGCCGGAGAUUAGGCAUGUGGCUACGCCUCGAGGCAGCUUCUCUUUUGGUUUUAUGACCGCUGAGGAGUUGGAGGACCACGGCAGGAGGGAUUUGACGGAGAUUGACCAGCGCAUUUUGAGUCGUCGAGCGUGCCUCAUGGCACAGAGGGACCCCAGGACGCAGGAGCUCGCCCGUCUUGUGGCCGAGGACCGACAGAGGCAGCUGGGGACAUAUACGCCGGCAUCUGUUGACGUGGGGCCAGCUGCCCAUACGGAUACUCCGGCAGAGGUUCACGACAGGACGCAGCAGGAGGCGGCUUCGGCAGAGGUUUCGUGUACCGGAGCAGAUGUUCAGCAGGGGACGCACGAGAGCGGGUUGGCACCGACAAAGGAGCGACGUUCGGAGCCGGUGCAGCCUCCUGCCGUGCAGCUGAGGCCAGAGGAGACAUUGCAGGAGGUCGCGGGCGUGCCUCUGCCCGUGGGUUCAGUUGAGGGUGCAGUGCAUAUGUCCUCGGGUCUGGAGGACAUACAGACGGGGCACUCAGUGGGUGUUGAUGAUAUUCGCCCAUCGACACAGGCAGAGGGGAUAGCGCCGACCACCGCGGGGGACGGGAUCGUAGCGGGGGCCGUUGGUGUUGGCGGGUCGGGGGUGCCGUCCACGGCCGAUCCGAUGUCCGCGACCGGCGGGGGAGACCCCGCAUAGGUGGACAGGCGUGACGCGGACGGACAGGAGAUGCUACAGACUUUGGUGGUUCGCACUGCUGUGGGGCCAGUGGUGCCACAUCCGGC